GAGAUCGGGUGGGGGCGGGGCCGGACGGCCGCAAGCCGGGCCGCGGUUGGCGGAGGGCGGCGGGUCGGGCUCGUCGCGUGGCCCCGCCCGCCCCGGUCCACGGCAGGCGGGAGGGCGGCUCCCCGGCAGCUACUGCGGCGGCCCCUCAGGUUUGAGAAGAGCUGUCCAUGUUCACACCGGGCGAGCGGAAGCCGAGACCACAGUGAUGGGCGAGUCACGUGUGAAGAAGCUGGCCACAGUCCUGCUGGACGCCAUCACUGACAAGGACCCUCUGGUGCAGGAGCAGGUGUGUGGCUCCCUGUGUGCCCUUGGAGAGUCUCAGCCUGAGGAGGCACUCGGCGCCUGUGAGGAGCACCUGCGGCAGCAUGACAAGCUGGCGCAUCCGUACCGGGCAAUGAUCCUGAGGGCCAUGGAGACGGUGGUGAACAAUCACCUCAGUGAGCUGGACAAGGACACGGCCAGGGCUGUCAUCCUCCUGGCUUCCGGCGAGAUGACCAGAGUGAAGGAAUUGGUCUACGACUGGCAGCAGGCGGCCAGCAGUGUCCUCGUGGCGGUGGGGAAGCGAUUCAUCGGCAGGGUGAUGGAGGAGCUGCUGAGCAAGUUCCAGCCCGGGGUCCUGCCCCACUACUUCGUCGUGCAGACGCUUGCCAGCCUCUCAGUUUCCAAUGUGUUCGGCAUGGUGCCCUUCCUGACGUCCGUCCUGAGCACCAUGCUGCCCAUGCUGGGCGCCGCCAAGCACGACACCAUGAGGGUGGUGUUCUGCUCCGCUCUGCAGCACUUCAGCGAGAGCACCCUGGAGUAUCUGGCCAACCUGGACCAAGCCCCGGACCCCACGGUCAGGAAGGAUGCCUUCGCUGCCGAUAUCUUCAGUGCCUAUGACAUCCUCUUUCACCACUGGCUGCCAAGCCGAGAAGCCAAGCUGCGGCUGGCUGUGGUGGAGGCCCUGGGGCCCAUGAGCCAUCUGCUGCCCAGCGCGAAGCUAGAGGAGCAGCUCCCCAAGCUCCUGCCUGGAGUCCUCGCCCUCUACAAGAAGCAUGCUGAGACCGUGCACGUGUCCAAGAGCCUGGGCCAGAUCCUCGAGGCAGCCGUGAACGUGGGCAGCCGCACACUGGAGGUCCAGCUCGACAUUCUCCUGGCCGCUCUGCACACUCAGGUGUGUGUGCCUGUGGAGUCGUCCAGCCCGCUGGUGAUGAACAACCAGAAGGAGGUGCUGCGCUGCUUCACGGUGCUGGCUUGCUGCUCACCUGACCGCCUACUGGCCUUUCUGCUGCCCAAGCUGGACUCCAGCCAUGAGAGGACCCGCGUGGGCACCCUGCAGGUGCUGAGGCACGUCAUCUACUCGGCCGCUGCUCAGAUGGAAGUUAAGAAACCGUUCAUUCUAUCCUCCAUGAGGCUGCCUCUUCUGGACACCAACAACCAGGUGAAGCGGGCCGUGGUGCAGGUGAUCAGCGCCAUGGCGCACCAUGGCUACCUGGAGCAGCCCGGAGGUGAGGCAAUGAUCGAGUACAUCGUGCAGCAGUGCGCGCUGCCCCCCGAGGUGGAGCCUCAAAAGCCUGGCCCCGACGGCGAGGACCUCCCGGCCAACAGCGUGCGGACCAUCAGCAUCAGCACCCUCUACCUGGUCAGCACCACCGUGGACAGGAUGAGCCACGUCCUCUGGCCAUACCUGCUCGAGUUCCUGGUCCCUGUGCGCUUCACCGGGGCGCUGACCCCGCUCUGCAGGAGCCUCGUGCACCUGGCCCAGAAGAGGCAGGAGGCAGGGACUGACACCUUCCUCAUCCAGCACAGUGACAACGUGACCCUUCCGUCUCCCUAUGCCCUGACCACGAGGCUUCUGGCUGUGUCUUCCAACCCCUACCUGGGAGAUGGUCGCGGGGCAGCCUCGCUGCGCCUCCUGAGCGUCCUGCAUCGGAAUAUCCACCCUCUGCUGGGUCCACGGUGGGCGACAACCAUCCCCCUGCUGCUGGCACACCUGGAUGGACAUACUGAGAAAACACUGUCACAGAAAGAAUGGGAAGAGAAGCUGCUGAUGUUCCUUCAGGACACUCUGGCCGUUGUGUCUGACAACACGUGGAUUUGCCAGCUGAGCCUGGAGAUGUGCAAGCAGCUACCCAGCUACAAUGGGAUGCCCCAGGAGAAGAACUUCCUGUAUAAAUGCAUCGGAGCCACCCUGGGUGCUGCUUCCAGUAAAGAGGUGGUGAGAAAACGUCUGCAGGAGCUGCUGGAGACGGCCCGGUACCAGGAGGAGGGCGAGCGUGAGGGCCUUGCCUGUUGCUUUGGGAUCUGUGCUGUCUCCCACCUGGACGACACCCUGGCCCAGCUAGAGGACUUUGUAAAGUCGGAUAUGUUCAGAAAAUCUGUUGGCAUUUUCAACAUUUUUAAGGAUCGGAGUGAGAAUGAGGCAGAGAAGGUGAAGAGUGCGUUGAUCCUGUGUUACGGGCACGUGGCGGCACGGGCCCCCCGUGAGCUGGUGCUAGCCAAGGCGGAAUCGGACAUCUUCCGGAACAUGUCCCAGUGCUUCAGCACCAAGGUUCUGGGAAUAAAGGUAGAGACCAAGGACCCGGCCCUGAAGCUGUGCCUCGUGCAGAGUGUGUGCAUGGCCAGCCAGGCCAUCUGCAGCAGCACCCAGGGCAGCUCCUUCCACUUCUCCAGGAAGGCGGAGCUGGUGGCGCAGAUGAUGGAGUUCAUCAAGGCGGAGCCCCCAGACUCCCUGAGAACACCCAUUAGGAAGAAGGCCAUGCUCGCCUGCACUCACCUGGUCUCCCUGAAGCCGGCGCUGGAAGAGCAGAUGCAGGCGGACCUGGUCCACAGCUGUCUACACAGCGUCCUGGCUGUGCUGCCCGAGCCCGAGGGGGAGGAUGGCCACCAGGAGUCCCUGUACCUGGACACCAUGCAGGCCCUUGAGGACUUGCUGACAAGCCUCCUUCAGCAGAACAUGACCCCCCAGGGCCUACAGGUCAUGGUAGAGCCCCCUCUUCCCCAGCACCUAAGCCCAUGGAUCAAGUCCCCGCGGGGCCACGAGCGGGGACGGGCCCUUGGCCUGAGCGCCUGCCUGCUGCGCUACUUCCUGGAGCACUUGCACGUCAGUGCUCUGGUGCCCUUCCACAACCUGGGCCUCCUCGUUGGCCUCUUCUCCCCACGGUGUGCGGACCUGUGGCCUGCCACCCGCCAGGAGGCCAUCAACUGCGUCUACUCCCUCCUCUACCUCCAGCUGGGCUACGAGGGCUUCUCCCGGGACUACCGGGACGACGUGGCUGAGCGGCUCCUCACCCUCCAAAGUGGCCUCGUGCACCCUGACCCUGCCAUCCUCUUCCACACCUGCCACAGCGUGGCCCAGAUUAUUGCCAAGCGCCUCCCGCCAGAUCAACUCAUCAGCCUCUUGCUAACCUUGUUUGAGGGCCUGGGAGACUCCGACAAGAACUGCUCCCGGGCCUCCACGGUCAUGAUCAACUGCCUGCUGAAGGAGCGGGGCAACAUGCUCCUGGAGAAGGUGCCCGAGAUCAUGAGCGUGCUGCGCUCCAAGCUGCAGGAGACCCGGGAGGAGCACGUCCUGCAGGCCGCGCAGCACAGUGUGUACCUUCUGGCGAGCCAGCACCGCGCCGCCGUUGUGUCCAGCCUCCUGGGCAGCCCCCUGCCCUUUGACAGCCACACCUGCACCCUGUGGCGGGCGCUGGCCGUGGAGCCUGGGCUCACCGCGCAGGUCCUGGGGCUGCUCCUGGAGAAGAUAAGCAGGGACGUCCCAUUCAAGGAGAGCCGGGCCUUCCUGCUGAGCUCCUGCCCCACCCGUGUGGCCACCCUGCUGCCCCUCGCGGCCACCUGUGCAUUGUACGAGGUCGCAUCCACCCCAGCGUCGGGGCCCGCCGUGCUGGAGCUCUACCCCCAGCUGUUUGCAGCACUUCUGCUGCGUGUCAGCUGCACCGUGGGCGUCCAGUUGCCCCGGAACCUGCAGGCCAAGGAGAGGAGGAGCACCGGCUCGGGCCUGGCCUCCAGGAACCUUGAGCCCUGCAGCUCUGCCGUGGAUGCGCUGCAGGCCAUGCUGCUCCGAGGCGGUAGCGAGGAUGUGGUGCAGCACAUGGAGCUGGAGGGAGGCUGGGAGCUGCUCGGGACCUCAGCCGGGCACGAGGAGGGGGUCACCCGGCUGGCCAGCACCAUGGCCAAGUUCGCAGGCCCCCGGCUGCCCCCGGUGGUGAAGGCACUGUUCAGCACACAGAGCAGCAUGUACGAGAUCCAGAGGGUCACCUCCACAGCCUUCCUGGCUGAGCUGCUCGGCAGCAACGUGGUGAACGACCUGAUGCUCCUGGAGUCGCUGCUGGACAACCUGGCAGCGCGGCAGAAGGACAGGUGUGCCGGCGUGCGGAGGCUGGUGCUCCGAGGCCUGGCCAAUGUUGCUGUUGGCUCCCCUGACAAGGUGCGGGCCCAUGGCCCCCAGCUCCUGACGGCCAUGAUUGGUGGGCUGGACGACGGGGAUGACCCACACAGCUUGGUGGCCCUGGAGGCCAUGGUGGGCCUCGGGAGGCUGCUGGACCUGGUAGAGGCCUGGGACCUGCGCUCGGUGCUGCUGCACGUCGCCAUCCGCGUCCGGCCCUUCUUUGACAGCGAUAAGAUGGAGUUUCGUUCUGCGUCCAUCCGCCUCUUUGGACACCUCAACAAGGCCUGCCACGGAGACUGCGAGGACAUCUUCCUGGAGCAGGUUGUUGGCGGGCUGGCACCCCUGCUGCUGCACCUGCGGGACCCCCAGGCCCCAGUGGCCUCAGCCUGCAGGUUUGCCCUGCGCAUGUGCGGCCCUAACCUGGACUGUGAGGAGCUGGCAGCCGUGUUCCAGAAGCACCUGCAGGAAGACCGGGGCCUGCACUUCGGAGAGUUCCUCAACACCACCUGCAAGCACCUGACGCACCACUUCCCAGACCUGCUGGGCCGCCUCAUGAGCACCAGCCUCUUCUACUUCAAGAGCAGCUGGGACGACGUCCGGGCUGCCGCCCCCAUGCUCACAGGGUUCCUGGUGCUGCACAUGGAGGCAGAGCAGCAGCCACAGGUGGACCUGGAGCAGCUCCUCCAGGCCCUCCAGCUCCUGCUCAAGGACCCAGCCCCCGUGGUGCGCGCCAAGGCUGCCGAGGCUCUGGGCCGCCUGGUGAAGUUCGCCUGAGGCUCCCAUGCCAGCACCACCCCUACAAGCAAUACCAGCCUGGGGCUCUGACAGCCCCCUGCCCAAGGAUGGAGUGGGGAGUCCCUGCACCCACACAGCAAGGGAGGGCUGGGGCCACGCAAGGCGGGCCAAUUGCCAUCCCCCCACUGCCCAAUAAAGCCAUUUGCUGCUGAGCAGGUGA